ACAAAACCUCGCGUGCGUCAAAAUGAGUGAAUCCACUGGCAUAAACUCGAUUCAGAGGAAAUUUCUCUCGUGUUUUCCCAUUUCUGCGUUUAAUAUACCCCAGAAAGUAGAUUUAAAGGGGCAGAUAGAGAUUUUUAAUGCAACUGUGGGCGACUCUCGGGUUCUUGAGUAUCCGAUCAAGCGCGAGUAUCAACGAAAAUUCGUUCGAAAGAUUAUAGAGUCGUUGGAAAAUGAUGAGAACAAUGAGAUUUAUGAAUUGUUUUAUGAGGCUCUUUGCGAGUUCUUGUCCAAGGGCACUGGUGAUGAUGAAAAAACUCACUAUCGUCAUUUUCUCAUGGGAAGUGAGGGGAACAUUGACAGGUUGAUCAUUCAGGAGAGCAGGAGCUUGAUUUCUGAAGGAACUACUGGGCUCUGUAGUUGGCAGGCAGCUCUGGCACUUGGUGAAUGGUGUGUCCUCCACAAAGACUUUCUGAAAACAAAAAAAAUCUUGGAACUGGGGUCAGGAGUAGGAUUAACAGGUCUCACAGUCUUGAGUCGCUGUUCCCCAGAAAAAUUUAUUUUUUCCGACUGUCAUCCCAGUGUUUUGACCCUCCUGAGGGCCAAUGUCCAUCGUCACUCCCCAAAAAUCAAUCCUCCCCACGAAAUAAUCGAUUUACCGUGGGAAAAUAUCGACGAGAACUUGGGAAAUCGUCUGGAUGUCGAUCUGGUAAUCGCAGCUGAUGUCAUUUACGACAAAUCCCUCUUUCCCUCGUUGAUCAACGGUUUAAAAAUACUCAUAUCUUCCGGGCACUGUUUCGGGGUCAUUGCAAUGACUGUCAGGAACGAGGAAACUAUCUCAGAAUUUUUCCAACAACUGAAUUCUGGGGGAUUCAGUUAUGAGGAAACAGACACUCCGGAGUUUUCAAUAUUUAUUAGAAGUGAUGAUACUCCAGUCAAAAUAAUUAAAUUAUUUUACUCCAAUAAAAAGAAUUGAGAAAAAUCGAGUGAAAGUUUAUUCGGGAAACUAGUGGAUAAAAUUGAUCGACCCCAAAAUUAUUUUCAGACUUAAGUUUAUUCAACUACAGUGUACAUAAACUACGAAAAAAAAGGAAAGAAAUUAUUUCAUAAAUACAAAGUACAAAGGGUAUU